UAAUCAAGCUUCCCGGUCUACAGCUAGGUACUUCUAAACGUACGUUCAAUUCCUACCUGGUACAUUAUGCCUUCCGAUUUACGUGCUUACCUUGGGUAGGCACUUGAGGUAGGUAGGUACGACUAUCUCAUAACUUAGGUAGGUAGCCAUUUUACAACUUUGCCUACAUUGUUCAUACUAACAUUACCAUCAUCAACAUCUACAUCUACAUGCCACAACUCUCCAAGGAGCCAACGCUCUGUUUCCAUUUAAUGGACAGUAACAAAUAUACCAACCAGCAAGAUUUAUAUAUCGACAACCAAGAAGUUCUCCUUCUCUUCGGUUAGCAAGAUGCCUUCCAUCCAGGACUUGCCGCCUGAACUCAUCGCCCAAGUUGUUGAUCUGAUUCGACAAUCCAGCCCUGAAACUUUAUCUUCCAUUUCCAAAUUAAGCCCUACUUUCUGUAAGGCGGUGGUGUACAGUCAAUACCAUACGCGUAACUUCCAGAGUUAUAACCUGGAUACGAAAUUGAAGAGAAUUGAAAGCAACCAUAUGUGGCGUGCAAUUCGGUGCAUCGAAAUCGACUGGUUCGCCGGAAUGCAUGAGUAUAAAGCAUGGCAUCAUUUAUACAAGUCACUGCCUAAAAUGACAGGGCUCCGAGAUGUCAAAGUCGACAUCAAUGGAAACUUCGUCGAUAGACGCUUGAUUGAAGCACUCAAAGGUCAACCCAAUAUACGGCUACACGUAGACAUAAGCUUUGACAAUGAUCCUUCGCUAGAGAGCGCACUCUCGCUAUUACAAAACAAUCUCAAUUUAUACUCAAUAAGCGCGGAUUGUGAUAGGGAAGUUACGGCUUGGGACAAGUGUACAAACCCAUUCAUGGUAAUUCUUCUUACAUGCCCUCACCUUCGCCAUCUCAAGUUCAAAAUUUUUAUAAUCCAUUACACCGGCAGCCGGUACGGCGAUUUGGAGUUGAUCGAUAAUGAGCGACCUCCGGCGCUUGAGACGCUAAAACUGGACUUCUACCCUUUCAGUGACGGAGAGGAAUAUGAAUGGGCUGACAGUUUCGACUGGUCGCAAAUGAGACGACUUCAGACCCGUUAUACUGGAUUGAUCUCACGAUGCCCACACAAGUUCACCUCGCUCAAGGAAAUAACCCUGGAUCCCCGCAACGGUGAGCUGGCAGCUACGAAACAAUUUUUCGAACUGGUUCCGUCUAUGCUAGAAAGCGUCAAGGUUCCUUCUAUCGAUACAAUCGGCAUGGAAGGUGUUUCGAGACAUGGAAGUAAACUUCGUAUACUCCACAUAUCUAUGAAAUAUAGCUAUUCAUCGUUGGCCUCACGGCCGAGCUUGUUGGUGGAUGCAGGCGACUUACAACGUAUACGAGACAGCUGCCCGUACCUCGAGGAAUUGGCCUUAAGUAUAAGCAACACUACUACAAUGUGUCCUCCGUCCACACUGAACGUUCUAGCCUCAUUCCCGAAGCUACAUACUUUAGAGUUACACUUCCAGCUUGAGCCACCGCUUUAUAUGGAAUAUAGCCAUCCUUUUCUUGAUGUCUCUAUGAGAGACGACACUGUGUGCAAGUUUUUCGCCCCUUUCGUAACUAUAUCGACUGUCCAGCAGCUUUUCAAGCGCCUUUUGCAGACAAAAUCUGCGGCACAGACAUCUGCACUUAGGGAACUACGCGUCAAAUAUAAAGCAUCGGAAGAUUUUUAUGAUGGGCCAGUAGAAAGCUGGAACUGGGAUCGCUGGAUGGACGAUUGGCUUAACGAUAAUGAUGUCUCAUUCCAAUGCAAACUUUCGGAUCAAGACGUAGAUAAGAAUCGUGGCGUAUUUAGCAUAAUAUGUGAGGAACUUACAGAGAAAGAGAAUGCGAUUCUCCACGAGGCCUUAGAUUCGAACAGGGAUCUAGCACAGAUACUCGGAGACGAAAAUCAGAUUAGGGUCGUUGGUCAAAAGUUCAAGAUUGCCUGGUACGGGCCAUUGCCACGGAAGGACUGGGAGUCUUGGCGUCUACAAUCUAGAGCCUAUGGAAUAUUCCAAAUGAAAAACGCAAAGGACGAGAUUGUUGUCCCAGGUUUUGAUCCAUUGCCCUCACAGCAAAUUACCCAACCGAUAUCGAUGACUACCUUCUAAUUAAUUAUUAAGCUUCACGACGGAUCGAGCGAAGGAUGAUAAUAAUUAGGUGAUGGUGGAGCUAGAAUUACCUCAGGUUGUGGUAGAAGGUUGUCAUUUAGGGGAUGCAGUUAUGAGACCUCGUGAGGUUGGCCAAGGGAGAAGGGGCUGGCGCAACACAGGAAGGAAUCUACAGUUAUAAGAAAGGAAAUAAAGGGAACAGCAGAGAGGAGUGGCUAUGAACCCACCAGUUGUAAAAAUCAAUAAGGUACCUACUUAUUACAUCGUGAUCUAACUGGUAGGGGGUGAUGGCUCAACAUAGCUAGGUAAUACAUUGGCGUUUCAUACAAGUGUAUGAAAAUAGAAAAUGAGAUAUGGUCUUCAGAGUAAAG